AUGGUCGGUGCGCGUAUCAGCGCGGCCGGGGAGGGGGGCUCCGCGUCGUGGCUGGUGCAAAACGGCGGCGCGACUUGCGACAUCUCCGUCGGCACCCAUAUGCGCGUCCAUCCCCGUGUAUUAAAUCUUAAAUGCCUUCCCUUUUCUGCUCCUCCCUACCUCCCUCAUCCCCGCCCGCCGCGUUUGUCGUAUCUCAGGUGGAUUCCCAGCAGCACGCGGCCCGCGUACGCGUCCACGUGUCCGUACAUCUCGAGCAAGUUCAACUGCGUGCAGAACGGGCGGCCCGACGGUGGUUACCAGCAUCUGUGUUACACAUUGCAUGCCCGCAUGCGGUCCUUGGGUUGGCCUUCCCUUCUGCUCUCGCCCUCUUUCCACCCUCCUUCCGCACUCCUUUCGCGCACCUCCCGCCUCGCCGCUCCCCGCCGUUCCCCACUCCUCGUCGCGCUUGUGUACAGGAAGGACUGUCCUUCCCGCCUUUUCGCCACUCACGCUCUUCCCCCCUCUACCCGCCAUCCCCUUUACCCUUUCCUCUGCAGCUUCUCCCCUCUGCAUUUCGCGCUCAUGUUUCAAGACAAGACGCUCGCGCUCGUGGGCGACUCGAACGCGGAGUACCUGUUCCAGUCGCUGCGCUGCCAGCUCAGCACGGGCCUCGAAACAGAGAGUGUCAAUACGACAACAGCAGGAGCUGAGGCGUUUAGAGUGAUAAGCUCCAACACCCUCGUGCUUCUCGUUGACGCGCCCUUCCUGUCCUACGCUGCUCCUGCCGUUCCCACUCUUCAGUUCAAGUCCAGUGCAUGGAACGUGCACCUGGACGUGCUUCACCCAACUCUCCGCCAAAUCCUGCCAGACGCUCACGCCGUCAUCUUCUCGUCUGGAUCCUGGUUCAUGCCGCCCGCCCGCACAUACUACAAAAACGGCCGCCCGCUCGCCGCCCAGAUCACCGGCCUGCAGGCGCACAGUGCCGUGCUCGGCGCUCUGUCGGACUAUCUGGCUCAGCUUAGGUCGGGCGGCGGAGACCAGGCCUACGCCGUCAGCCACAGCGCCGAAGCUGCGUGGACAGCCUCGGAACGAGCCGCGCUCGCAGGCUCGGGAAUCCAGCUCCUGGACAUUCUAGGCUCGGCGAUGUACCGACCAGAUGGACACGUGGCGACGUAUGGUUCGAAGGGAGGAAUGGGAGCCAUGGAUUGCAGUGGAUGGUGCUUACCGGGAGUGCCAGACGCAUGGGUGGAUAUGUUUUUCCAUCUGUAUGCGAGUCCGACGGGCAUUCAGCAGCUGCUGUUGGGGCUGGGGAAGGUGGUUGGGGCUGGAGCGGUGGGGGAUGUGUGCUGGCAGGUGCCGGGAUCAGCACAAACCAUCGCAGGGUAUUACUAG